ACUACUGUACACUUCUGGGCACUUUCGCCUAAGAAUCGAGAGAGAGAGUGUGUGUGUGAGUCAAGUCUUUGUAGUGUUAGUCUUCUUGUUUUUUUUUCUAUUUUUUUUUUUUUUUUUUUGGGGACUUUGUAGUGUUAGACAAUGAGAGGAACUUCUUCAUUGGCCGAGCAUUUCUAGGCCGCCCAUUUCUAAUGCAAGUCUUGGGUCUCCUCUGAGUCUGCUUCUGUAAGUCUUCCAUAUCAUUUUCCUAUAAACGAAAAACAAGAAGGGACACAAUUAACUUGUUUUAAGCAAUAGAAUUGGAUUUUUAAUUUUGUAAAUGGAGAACUUCAAAUGGCUAUUGCCUCCAUUUUUGCUUUCGUUUUUCUUUCCCAUCUACCGCUUAUUCACUCAGCUGAAGAUGAUACCAAAAGCCUACCCACUUGCCCACAGUCCUUCCUAUGCGGAAUUCACAGCCCCAUCAGCUUCCCUUUCACAAAUACCACGUAUGGCCAUUGCGGUAUUGUGAUAGAUUGUGGUCAAACAGUUCCAAAGGUCCAAGUAGGAAGCCAACACUGGUAUGAUGUUAUGAUCCAAGUGACAAAUUGCUUGAAAUUCAUGAUCCCCUGCUUGAAGAUCACAUAUCUCAUAAAGAUGUAAUGACACGUUUAGGAAUCUAACUCUUACCGAGUUUCCUUUCGUUUCCUUCACCAUAACACCCAAUCUCACCUUCUUCAAGUGCAACAAUACUCCUCAAACAGAGUAUACUAGUUACAACAAAUGCAUAGGCUACUCAAUUUAUUACAAUUAUCCAGGUUAUGACGAACCUCCACCUGCUAGUCUUCUCCAUGAAUGUUCAGCUAUUCAGCUGCCAAUAUCAUUGUGGUCUCCAACCCCCGGACACCCAUUUUCAAUAUUGACUGCAACUGUCCCUCUUGAAUUGCAUAUAUCCCAUGAUUGUCUUGAUGUCAAAGCAGUGGAGGCCAAUGCCUAAAUAUCCAUCAAGAGUUUCAAUGUCAUGUGAAGGCAAAAGGAAAAAGAAAGUACACAUUGCUAAUAACACUAGGAUCAGGCAUUUCAGCAGCUGUACUGCUAGUAGCAGUAAUCCUACUCUGUCGCUUCAGGAGAAAAUGCUCAUUAGUUAUAUCCAUGAUCUUUUGGAAGAAGGAAAGAGAGAACCAUCAACAACUUGAGAUCUUUAUGAAGAACUACGGGUCCCUUGCCCCAAAAAGAUACGGUUAUUCAGAUGUUAAGAAAAUGACCAAUUCUUUUGUGUACAAACUUGGUCAAGGAGGAUAUGGAGGUGUAUACAAGGGAAAGCUACAAAAUGGGCGUUUGGUGGCAGUGAAGGUUUUGACCGGUUCAAAAGGUAACGGGGAAGAAUUUACUAAUGAGGUAGUAAGCAUUAGUAGGACUUCCCAUGUUAAUGUUGUCACCCUUCUAGGUUUUUGUUUUGAGGGCACCAAAAGAGUUCUUAUCUAUGAGUUCAUGCCUAAUGGAUCUCUUGAGAAGUUCAUAUAUGAUGAAAGUUCCUCAACAAAACGUCAAUUAGGGUGGGAAACAUUGUAUCAAAUUGCAAUUGGCAUUGCUCGAGGAUUAGAGUACUUACACCGGGGUUGCAACACAAGAAUUUUGCACUUUGACAUUAAGCCUCAUAACAUUCUUCUAGAUGAAGACUUAUGCCCAAAGAUCGCUGAUUUCGGUCUUUCUAAACUAUGCCCGAACAAAGACAGUAUCAUAUCAAUGUUGGGCGCAAGAGGGACGAUUGGAUAUAUUGCUCCAGAAGUAGUUUCAAGACGCUUCGGAGGGAUAUCUCACAAGUCAGAUGUCUAUAGUUAUGGAAUGAUGGUUUUAGAGAUGGUUGGAGGGAGAAAGAAUAUUGAUGCUGGAGUUGAUCAUACCAGUGAAAUAUAUUUUCCACAUUGGAUAUACAAUCGUGUGGAACUGGAUGAGGAUUUGGGACUUCAUGGAAUUAUGAAUGAAGAGGAAAAUGAAAGAGCCAAGAAGAUGAUAAUAGUGGGCUUAUGGUGCAUACAAACUGACCCAUCAAAUCAGCCAUCUAUAAAUAUGGUGUUGAAAAUGUUAGAAGGGAGCCUAGAGUCCUUGCAAAUCCCACCCAAGCCAUUCUUUUCUUCUCCCCCAAGACCACCUGCAAAUUCUUCAACCAUACAAAUAUUGUAAUAUUGUGCUUUAAUUAUGUAAUCUUAAGUGCACCAUCAUUUUUUAUCUUACUUUGUAUUGGUUUUCAUCAAGUGAUUUAACCAACUCAAUCAAAUCAUUUGGUCUCAUUUGGCUAAUUGAAUGAGAAUCUUCUGUCUCAAAUAAGGAAAAGUAGUCUCA